UUUACCCAAGUUUGUGGUGUAUUGUGGUGUUUUGUUUUCAUGAUCUAACAAUGGCAUCAACAAUGAAUGAUACAAACUCGCAACAUAUAAAAUUAUAUCUUCGAUUAAAAAUGCAGGAAAUUGGUAUCGACAAAUCGCUUGCAGUGUUUAUUAACUAUGCCAAAAGUGAUGUGGAGACUUGGAAAAGUAUUAAGCGUGACAUCGAUGAAUUCGAAAAAGAGAGACAGAAAAUCGAGGUACCACUCAGAGAAAAAAUAAUCGAUGUUUAUCAGGAGUUGAAAUCUGUAAAAGAAAUGAUGGCUCCGAGCAACGUCAAAAAUAUUGACCUCGAGGUUUUCAAGAAAAAAUUACAGUCCCUGUGGAAAAGGGUGCAGGAGUUCAAAAAUUCUUGCACUGACAUUGGUAAUUUAGCGAACGAGCAGAAAAACUUGAGCACCGAACUUGACGAGUUGCACAGAAAAAUCCACAAACACGAAAACUUCCUAUCCAACGACAAGUUUUAUUCAAGAAUCAUAAGCGUCCAAGCUGCGCUACAGAGACAAGAUCCCAACAAGGAGUGCGACUUUGGCGAAGCGGAGAAUUUUUUCGCAUUGAUAUCCAACUCGGGACACACCGGUGGCUGGAGCGAAAAGGAUCAUUUGCUCUACGUCAAGUUCCGCAAAAAACACAAGAGCACCGAAGCUCUCGUGUCCGCGUUACGGACCAAGUGCCCAGAUCUCACCGAGGAGAACAUCAUGAAGCACGACGCCUGGUACAAGAUUUACCUCGAUUUGCGGGAGAAGCAAAAAAUCGCGGUACAAGAGUGGCGCGAUCGCAAAGAAGCCGAACGUCGUCGCGACAGAGCUCCGCCGCCGUCAACGGAAAAAGUCAAGUCCCCGGUAGUGGCGAGUAGCGAAAAAAUUGCAGAGCGUAACGAGGCUGCGAUAGAGAAAAGAAAAGAGAUUCUGAACAAGUUGAAGGAGAAGAAGGAGAUUCAGAGAUUCAUGAACGAGGAGCGCAUGAGGGGUCAAACGAAAUUGAAAAAGGAAGGAUGGAAAAUCCGGAGGCAUCCCAAGCCUGCCAGGAUUACGAAGAUCGUGAAGGAGGACAAGCCCGGUGGUGACAGGGAGCCGAGCAAUCAGACAGUUAAACAGUGCAGACCUUCCUUCAAGUCUAGUUUGUUUCUGCAACUUUACAGAGCACGUGACAAGCAAUAUUUGGAAAAGAGAAAAAAAGUUUUGUUGCACAUGAACGCUUCGAAACAGACGGCGCUACCGGUUGAUCAGGAUUUUUCAAAGUAUCAGGAAUCUAUUUUGUUUAAGGAGACAAAAGCUUGGCAAGAAAAGUUCAAAUUUGAACCCAAAUCAACCGAGACUUUUUUUUAUAUUAAGAAUGUGCCAGGGCUUGGAAAAAGUAAUGAAACUUCAGAUUCGUCCUUGAAUCGGCAUCUAUAA